UAGAAAUUCCCUUGACCGGGAUGCCUUUAGAGGGAUAUGAGUUCAGAGCCUUUUUCUCAAAACACUUCUGACAUCAGCCUUCUUGCAAAACUCAGCUGUCCUGCUUUGAUGAUUGAUGAUGAUUCAGGAAGUGAUAUCUCUUGCAACUAUGGAUAGAAAUAUUGGACUCAGCACACUUGCAAAGAAUACCUUGGCCAAGGCUUUAUAUGACAACAAAGCUGAGUGUCCAGAUGAGCUCGCCUUUCGUAGAGGAGACAUCCUUACAGUUCUGGAACAGAAUCUCCUUGGGAGUGAAGGUUGGUGGAAAUGUUCCCUUCAUGGGAGGCACGGUCUGGCACCAGCAAAUCGCCUCCAACUUCUUACUCCAUCACUGGCUCCCUCCAUUGAGCAAGAUUUCCAAGGACUGCCAACCAACCCCUGGACUACCUACCAGGUUCCUUCAGCACAUAGAACUCCUGCACCAUUAUCUGUCUAUGAAAAAAUGGAUGGUUGGAUUAGUUCUCCUUCAUCAUCUUCUUCUACUUCAUUCUUGCCAACACAAGAAGGGUACCAAGGGCCAGCUUUGGCUGCCAAGCUGCUCAGUGAAAAGACUCAGACUUCAUCAAAUCAGCACCUCUUCACUCUUCCAAGAGCAACUUGGGCAUCAGCCCUGGAGAGCAGAAAUGAUGUCUACGACAUUCCAUCACCCCAGCAUUGUGGAUCCUUGUUGACUCAGGGCCUAGCCACUCCACCACCUUCCAGAAAGGAGUCCAGAACUUUUCCCUUCAUGGAAUGGUGCCCAGAAAAGGUGCAGCAACUUUAUGAUAUCCCAUCAAACGCUGAAAAGGCAAGAUCUUGCACGUGGCAAGAAUCCGCAGUGGAAGAUGUAUACGUCAUCCCAACCGCUUCAACUAAACCUGUUUCUGGUUCUGUACAAAAGCAUUACAAAACCUUACCAAAUCUUUGGAAAUCAGAAUGGAUCUACGAUGUACCCGUGACACCUGAAAAAGCAAAAUUAAUACAAACUUCUCAGAAUCAUUCCCCACAGAAACACGCACUUUAUGAUAUACCACCCAAUAGGUCUGAUUCUGAUACACAAAAAAUCCUCCCAAUAAACAAUAAAGGGAAAUCAGUAGAUUCAAAAAUAUAUGACAUUCCACCUAUACACAGGAAAUUAACUUGCCCAGAGAUUCCUCUUUAUGAUGUACCAUCCAUCCAUGAUACAUUUGUGCAGCGUCCAGAUGGUAACUAUGAUGUUCCUUCCAAUGUUUUGUCUACCAGGACUGAAAAGGUGAACCAGAAAUUGACUCAUUAUGAUAUUCCAAAAGGAACACCUAUCGCUCUGACACAACAGAAAGAAAAUACACAUAGUUAUAAUUCAGGAGAUAACCCAUACAUUAUUCCUUUACCAUCAUCCACAGAAUGCAAAUUGGACCAAGACAGAUUGUCUGUUUCAAGUGGAAAUAGCAGGACCAGCAGCAUAUCAACUUUGUCAAACUCUUCUACCGAGUCCUUUUCAUCUACAAUGUCAUCAACAUUUUCUGAAGAACUCAUAAAAGAGACAACUAUGGAGCUUGAGUUGGCUAUAGACACCCUGACUAAACUACAGCACAGUGUAUCCAGUUCAAUUGCAAGUCUAAUGAUUUUUGUGAGCAGUAAGUGGCGAUACCUAGAAUAUUUGGAAGGAAAUAUUGAGGAAAUCCACCGAGCAAUUGAUCACAUAAAAGUCUCUUUAGGAGAGUUUUUGAACUUUGCUCAAACUAUUGAAAGAAAUGCAGUUUUGGGAUCAGACAGUAAACUUCAGGCAAGAAUUAAAAAACAACUGAAUAUUCUCUCAGAUUCCUUUCAGAUUCUGGUGCAAACCAGAGACGCAUUAAAUAAAUGCAAAUGGUCACUUGAGAUUCUAGCUAUUAAGAAACCUCAGAGUAACCCAGAUGAUCUGGAUCGGUUUGUUAUGGUGGCUCGUACCGUUCCAGAUGAUAUUAAGAGAUUUGCAUCUAUUAUUAUAGCUAAUGGGAAGCUACUUUUCAGAAAGAGCUGCAAAGAUAAAAAUAGCAAAAAUUCUAAACCUGGUGUAGAGCUUAAAAUGAAGAAAUACAGUCAUGAAAAGCAAGUUGAAAAUGAUUCUGUUGUAAUUAGUUUGGACAAGCCAAAAGAAAAUAAUCUAUCUCCAACAGAGACAAGACUUUGUGUCCCCGAAGACUGCACUACUCAUAUACAGAAACAAUUAGAAAUGGAACAAACACAACCGUCACAUUCAACUAGCAAGAUAAAGAAGAAUGAAGAAUUCAAAUUAAAGAGUUCUCCACCUACAAUGAAAGAAAGGAGUCUCAGCAAACAGGAUCCAAACAACAGAAUGAUGCUCUCCAGCCUCUCCAGACUGUAUUUUGGAGCUGUUCAUAAAGCCAUUGGUGUUUUCCACAAAACCCUUAGUGAUAAUCAGACUCCUGAAAUCUUCAUUGCCAAGAGCAAACUGAUCAUUAUGGUGGGCCAAAAGUUGGUGGACACCUUGUGUCAGGAAGCACUUGAAAAGGCCAACCGAAACGAUAUCUUGUGUGGUAGCAGCAAAUUUUGUGGCUUGCUGAAAAGCCUGGCAAUUGCAACCAAAAAUGCUGCAAUGCAAUAUCCAAAUCCUGAGGCAGUAAAGGAACUUCAGGAUCAAGUUGAUGAAUUAUCUCAAUUCACACACCAGUUUCGCGAUACGAUGGAAUGAAUGCAUACUGGAACAGUUCAAAAGGCAACUUUAGAUAUAAUACUUGGACAGGAUAAGUGUACAUAGGUGUGGGAGUGGAGAUGUACGGUAACUCCCCUCUCUGUGUCCUUUUAUACAACUCCAGCCAAUGUUGAGUGAGAGGCCUGCAAGAGUGUCUUCUCUCAAUGCUUAAACAUGAUUAAAACCCUUUCUAUUGUCAAGAAUCCUGAUACAACGGUAUUCUGAGCAGAAGCUUCUAUUUGCAUCAAUUAACUUGACAUUCAUCCUCAACAUCCAUACGGACAUCCAUCUUGCAUAGGUAGCUUGAGAUCCAGGUUCAGUGUAUGCAGCUUCAUUCUUCUUCUCUUUGUGUGCUCUGUGGAGGUAUAAUGUUUCAACAGGACUCUAGUGUGUUCAUAAGAACUGUGUUGAAUUUUUAGAUGUGAUAGGCUUUUUAUUACAUUACAAAGCAUGUGUGUCUGUCUGCCUGAAGAUAACAGUACUGUAGCAUCCUACCUCAUAGGGAUGUUGUGAGAAUAAAUAAAAACAUUUAGUAAUAACUUGAAAGUCAGUUAAUAUA